GCGCGCUUGUGGGGGGGGCCCCCGGUGCCGCCUGGAGUGGCCUGCGGGGCCGGGGAAGGCGGGAAACCUGCGGCUGCGAGGGUCGUGAACAGGGUUAGCCCUCCGCCCCUUCCUCGGAGAAGAAGUACCCCUGGGGACGUCGGGGGUCGCCAGCGGUUGAGGUUUGGCACCAAGACAGCAGUUUCAGGGACCAAGCCCUGCCUGGGAAGAAGCAACGCAUUGCUCCCAGUGCUGAGCGCUGGGUAAACAAUGAAAGUUCUGUUGCUGAAAGAGCCUAAAGAAAGUGAAAACGGACCAGAUCCAUAUAUAAAAGAAUUGGGUUUGCAUGGGCUUGAAGCAACUUUGAUCCCAGUUUUAGCAUUUGAAUUUACAUCUCUCCAAGAUUUCUCUGAAAGGGUUUUUCACCCUCAACAGUAUUCUGGACUAAUUUUUACCAGCCCAAGAGCGGUAGAAGCCUUCAGAUUAUGUCUGGAUGAUAAUACUAAAAAAAAAGUUUGGAAAAAUUCUCUGAGAGAAAAAUGGAAUACCAAAUCCAUUUAUGUGGUGGGAAAAGCUACAGCUGAACUAGUGUCUGAAAUAGGUCUCACAUCACAAGGAGAGAGCUCUGGGAAUGCUGAAAAACUAGCUGAAUACAUUUGUUCUCACGAAUCACCCAAUUCAUUGCCUCUGUUUUUUCCUUGCGGUGCUCUCAAAAGGGAAACACUUCCAACAAUGCUCAGCAGGAAAGGCAUUGCACUGGAGGGCCUUACUGUUUACCAAACUACUCAACAUCUUAAUCUUCAAGACUCCUUGAGGAAUUAUUUCUCACAACAGGGUAUUCCUGCAAGUAUCACGUUUUUCAGUCCAUCUGGUGUCAAAUAUUGUAUGAAGCAGAUUCAGGAGUUGGCUGGUGAUCUCUUUCCCCAAAUUAAGUUUGCUGCUAUAGGUCCAACAACAGCUGAAGCUAUAACUGCUCAAGGCGUCUCAGUGAGCUGCAUUGCCAGUAGCCCAACUCCAGAGGAUCUCACUGCUUGCAUUAAAAGGAGUCUCCAGUUGUAGAACUGACUGAUUUUAAGGCUAUGUGUAUUUGAUAUUAUGCUAUUUCGCAGAAAUGACAUCUCUAAAAUGAAAACUUGUUGUCAGUGGGUGUAACAUUCAUUGGGAUUAGAAGUCACAUUCAGCUCUGGCCUGUAAGACACUUAAUGUAUGCCUUUAUAUUCUAUUAACAGUGGUGCUAAAUACAAAUUAAAAUGGACAGUAAUAGUAGCUGCCUAGCACAGUUAACACCUUGUCUAAUCUUACCCUGAUAAAUGUGAGUUUAUAUUUUUUUUUAAGUUUUAGAAAUAGUAAUAAUGAAGCAUUAGGUGUUCUGUUGCCUUCUAAUUAAAUUUCUUAGUUAAUGUAAGCAAUAUUGCUAUAAUCCGGAUGCAGUUUUCAUUGCGCCUAAGUUCCCUUCAGAAAUCCAGGGUAAAUUUCAAUGUUGCGUUAUGGUCAGUGCAAGCGUUGCAACCUGCCAGACAGACUAAUCCCCUAUGUGCUGUUCUGGGAAUUCCUCUGACGCCCCCGAGCCAAUUUCAGGUGGGGGGCAGAGAAAAGAGAAAGCUCCAUUGCAUGAGUGAAAACCCUUGUGCUGAUAGGACUCUUUACAUGAAAUCUGCCCAUUGACUAAAAGCAGACUUCCAGAGACACUCCACCAUACACUUGGGGUGGCAUAUUGGUUUUGUACUGCCUCCUAUGUACUUUACACCUUAUGCAGAUUUUCAUAAUUGUAUGUUCUCUGCUACUGCGAAUAAUAGCAUAUAAAUGGGAUUUGCUCAUAGGCUGUGAAAGUGUUCAUUUCAAAUUAGUCACUUCUGACAAGCGUUCUGUAUAUCAAGUAGUUCAGUUUAUACAAGCACAUUGUGUGCUCCUGUUGAAAUCAUGUUUUGCAUCAUCCUUGGAAAGAGGGAAAGAAUGAUUUCCAAGUCACAAUUCCAAUAAACCAGUUACAAAAUAUUCUUGAUGUUCUGGUUAUACCUUGAAAAACACAGGUACCUAACCUUGUGAACUCAGACUGUUUGUAUGUUUUAUUGAAGGAGGUCAAGGUGGCAAACACUUCCACAAUUUAAAAACAAACAAUUCAAAAGUCUAGAACUGUUAAAAACAUUACUUUCCUAAAAUGAUCUCAGGAUUGCCAAGAACAGUAGUCUUCAGAGGUUCUGCUGCUGUAAAAGAAGUUAAUAGAGGUUUUUCCUUUCCUCACUUGCAAUGCCAGAACUGGUCACCCAGUUAAAUUGAUUUUGCAAUAGAUUCUGGCCAAACUCAAGCUGUGGCCCCUAUCUGGUGAAAUGAGACCUUGCCAUAGUGACUCAUGCACUGGUUACAUCCACACUGAAUUAGAAUAAUGCUCUCUAUGUGUGGUUACCUUUCAGUUAAGAAAAUUCCAUUGGUACAGAAUGCAGCAGCAAUAAUGCUUGUGGGAACCAAUUCUGUACUUCCUGCCUGUUUCAUUUCCAGGUCCAUUUAAAGUUUCAGUUUUGAACUUUUAAAGCCCUCAAAGUUCUAAGAUCAUGUUAUCUCAGGCAUCCCCAAACUUUGGCCCUGCAGAUGUUUUGGACUACAAUUCCCAUCUUCCCCGACCACUGGUCCUGUUAGCUAGGGAUCAUGGGAGUUGUAGGACAAAACAUCUGGAGGGCCGCAGUUUGGGGAUGCUUGUGUUAUCUGAAGGACCAACUACACCCCUAUGAGACUGCCAGGCAUUCAGAUCAACCUACAAAGUUCUACUGUGUGGCCUGUCAAAAUGUUAAGACAGGUAGCAGGGAAAUCCUCCCUGUAAACUUUACAUUUCUCCAUUUUAUUUUUUGUUGUACUUAGACCAAUUCAGAAUCAUGGACAAUCUCUCUCGCUGGUUCUUGGUCAUGAUGGUGAAACAGAAUAGCAGUGGAAUCUCGUUCACUACGGCAAAUGGCACACUGCCAUACCAACCUCUGUCUGCCUUCUUCCAUAACAAGCAGUCCAUUGGAUGGCAGUGACUGUCGCCUCCUCUUGAGUCUCAUGUUGCUAUUGUGGAAUUCAGAACAGAAGAUGGAGACAAAACUAGAAUUAGUCGGCUUUGUUGACCUUCAUUCUUCCCUAGCAAUCCCAAUGAGGAUCAGCCACCACUGUGGAAUACUGUUUUGCCCAAACUUGCCUCCAAAAUUGCCACAGAUGUAGGAUAAUAUAGCAAGAGAGGAUUAUCAACUCUAAGCCCUGUUUGUGAGCUGUACUGUGCAAAGUACAGGUGGACCUCUGGUCUGAUGGACUUGGGUCUUUUAGUUUUCAUAAAUCAGAGGGAGAACUUGGGACAACUGCUGCACCACCACUGGGGAAUGGAGUUGUAACAAACUGCUCCAUUUACUGCCUUACUAACAUAUUCAUGUAGACAGAAAAGAAUGAAAGCAUGGAUGUCCCUUUCAAAGCCACUUCAGAUGCCUGAAGAAAGGGAAAGGGGCCUCCAUUUACUUUGCAGUCAGUUUCUGUUCAGUUCUGUGUUGGAACUACAACAUUUUGUCUGUGGUUAGUGGUGAAAUGUUAUUCGUAGAGAGCUGCUACAGCAUUCUAAAACCUUGUCCUGUCUAACAUGAUCAGCUCUCUACCAAAGGCAACAAUACUAGAUAAUCUGUGUACUUGAAUAUCGUGGAUUUUAUUAUGCCCCUGGGAUUGUUGCCUAUAUGCUGGAUAGCAAAAUGUACAGCCAUCAUUACUAAUUAAAAGAGAUUUAACAGGGCUCAUCUAACAGAAAGAAAAGUUAAAGGAAAAUGCACUGAUUCAUUUAGGCUAGCUCACAUAAUGGCUCUUAAUAAAUGCUUAGAAUAUAAAGGAGAAACCAAUGCUGUCUUACGACACAGAAUGAGGCCAUAGAAGAGCAUUGAGCCUACACAUCAGUAUCACCUCCUAAUUUGCUCAGACAGAAGGCAUGAUGCCUGACUACCCCAGUACAGAGCAAAAGAAAAGGUACAUUACACUGGUUAUUUAGUGCUCUGGCUUGGGUAAUGACAGUUCCUGCUGUGUAAUUUCUCUUUGAUGCCAAAGUGCAUUAACUGAGACUAGAGGGGAGAGAAUUGCUGCUUAUAAAACAUAAGGGACAGAGUUUAUAGGCACUAAAGCAAUUCAACUGUUUUGCAGUCAGUGGUCAGCAUAACUCUAUGCUCCACACUGCUAGAGUCAGGCUAGGUAGAAUGAAUUCAAUCCCUGUUAUAUGCCCAAUUAUUAGUGAGCCUCAAAGCAAUAAGUGUUUUGCAAGACAGAUUCCCUGCAAACUGGUCAAAUAUAAGGCCUGAAAAAAAUGAGCUACAAGAUUUAUCAGAAUCUUUUGCAAGUUAAAAUGGCUUCUUGAACAAGUUUUAUAUGCCAUUGUUACUCUAAACACCCCCUGGAUCCAGCUGACUGGAAAUGGUUAAUACAGUAUGUAGUUUUACUUUGGUUCUCUUUAACCUUUAAAUAGGUGAAGGAUAUAGGUGAUGGUUUGUUACACAUACGUUGUUUAGUCGUGUCCGACUCUUCGUGACCCCAUGGACCAUAGCACAGUUAAACCAAACAGUUGGCUUCCUCAUAAAAGGAAAAUGUCAGCAUGCAACAAAACAUCCUGUAGCUAUGUGGCUGUUAAUUCACUCUAAAAACUAUAGCAGAAUCUCUCUAGACAAUAGCCAAAAUAAUAAAGUUAUCUACAAUAGUUGGAAGAUAUUUCAUACAUAUAAACAAUCACUAUUCCUCUGCUUGACAUAAAAUGCUGAAUAUCAAAAAGAUGGCUCUCAUUAAGAGGAUAAUGUAGGCAAGACGCCACCAACAGAAUUAUAAAGUAGUUUUAUUUGUUGGCAGCAAGAAAAAAAUAAAAUAGGGAUAUAGAAAAGAGAAUUCCUGGAUGCUAACAUCCA